UUUUUCAUAAAUUGUAGAAUGGAUUUUAAUUUAAAAAAGCUGGUCAACGAUGCCGGCGGUCUUUUUAACCGCGCGAGGCAGUUGACAGAAGAGAAAUUGCUUAACGCUGAACGUACAGAAAUCGACCCACAAUUAGAGCAAUUGUUACAGCGUGUAGAUGCUACUGAAUUUCAUAUGACAAAAUUAUACUCUGCUUUAGAGACUUAUCUGCAGCCUAAUCCUGCGGUUCGUGUUGGUAACGCAAUAAAUGAAAUGUUAGAACGAAGAAAUUCAACAGAGCAACGUGUUAACAAUUUGGAAUAUUUGGGUUCUGCAAUGUUGGGAGCUGGGCAAGCAUUUGGUUCUGACACAAAUUUUGGCAAUGCCCUUCUAAAAAUGUCUACGGCAGAAAUGAAAUUGGGUGCUGCAGAACGUGAAAUGAUGCAAACAACUUCAACACAAACCUUGGCUCCAAUUAAACGCUUUCUUGAAGGAGAUGUUCGGAAUAUUUUGAAAGAGCGACGUGUACUUCAAAACAAACGAUUGGAUUUGGAUUCCGCUAAAGCUCGUCUUAAGCGUGCACGGUCGCUUGAAUCUCAAGCAAGUGUCGAAGCUGAUCUUCGUGUGGCUCAGUCUGAAUAUGAUAGGCAACUUGAAGUUAUGCGUAUUCUUAUCGAAUCAGCAAAUUCAGCUCAGAAUCAACAUUUGAAAAAUUUGAUGGAAUUUGUGGAUGCUCAAGCAAAGUUUUAUGAAAGUGCACACCAACAUAUGGCUGAUUUAAAACGGGAACUGAGCACGCGUUCAAAUGGAAAUGGAGGACCGAUGAUUUGAAGACUUAUGUUAGGAAUAAAAUAUGUAAUAAUCGAAAUGUAAUAUCCAAAAAUAUAUUAAUCUUCGAAAUUUUAUAAAGACGUUACGAGAAACUUGUGUACGAAAUCACCUAAAAUCGUAAUUUUUUAACAGUUUUUUUGAUUAUAGUAUUCAAGUUUCGUGACGCCAAAUAUAAGGUCCAUCUAUUUAUGUUAACCAGAAUUUAUUAAAAUUUCUAGAUGCCUUUUUAAUAAAUAAAGCUU